UAACGCUUUUGUGGAACGCCUUCUGGCGAGGCUUUGAGAUUAACCCAAUGUCAUGAAAGAAGUAAUUAAAGGAGCCUAGCCCAGUACAGUGGAUCAACCAAUUUCUGGCAGGGCUUUACUUUUCGCUUUGUAGAGCUCACGACUUCCGAAAUAAUGAUAAGAAUAAUUUCUGCAUUGACUGUGAGACGUUAGCAUGCUACCACUGCAUGUCAGACGGCACUCAUGAUCAUCACAGGGUAUUAAGGAUUUACAGACUUGCUCACAUGAACGUAGUCCCCCUAAAUAUUAUAAAUGAGCAUCUCGACUGCUCAGGGAUACAGCCAUAUAGAUGCAACGAACGGUUUGUCCUGGCCCUCCAUCCCCUCCCCCACUGCGGCACAGGCAGGUACAAGCAAUACAACUCGUGCCGUUUCUGCAGCAGAAAACUCAGGCACCCAAACGAGUAUCAGUUCUGCUCCAUUGCUUGCAAGAUCAAUGACGAAAAGCCAACAGCCAAAGAGUCAACAAUCAAACCUCCUGCACCAGAAGAUGAUGCUGGAGCUGGUACUGGCCAUAGUGACAAGAGGUCAUCCCCAAGGAAAAGAAGCCGUAAAGGAGUCCCAAUGAGGGCUCUACUCUUGAAGGACCAAGCCUGAUUCAUCUUCUCAAAACGUUGGGUUUAUUUUGU